UUCGCCACUGAUGCAGCGUUCAUUGUCCAGGAGAAGUCCUCUGUAAUGUGCACACCCAAACAUUUGACACUGCUAACGCUCUCCACAGUAGAACCAUUGAUGCUCAGCGGGGAUGUUGUGUGUGUGUGUUCUCCUGAAGUCAAUUACAAAUAUCUUUUGUGCUUUCCACAUUUAAGAAGAGAUUGUUGUCGCUGCAUCAUGUGGCCAGUUUUUCCACCUCAUUCCUGUAGUUUGUCCCAUCAUUGUAGUUGAUGAAACCCAUAGUUGUGUCUUACGCAAACCUAAUGAACACGUUGGUGUUGUAAUUUGAUGUAUAGUCAUGAGUCAUAUGCCUCACUUAUGUUUGACACAUCUUAAUUCUGCAUUUUUUGUACUCCCUCACCAAUUCACCUCCCAUUUAAAGGUAUUAUAAGAUGUAAGGAGGUAUGCUAUGACAAUCCUGUCACAAAAUUGGAAUUAUGUGGGUGGGCUGCCACUUGUGUUGUUUACUAAAUUGAAUUUGUGUCUCUUUAGUGUCCUCAAAUUCCCCAGGAAACCUAACAGAGUUGGAGCUGUUGAUUCUGGGGAACAGACAGUGUAAUUGUAGCUUUGGAAGGGGCUUACUCACAAGCAACAUGAUUUGCGCCGGGUUAAAUGCUGGAGGGCAGGUCUCCUGUCAGGGGGAUUUAGGAGGUCCAUUGGUGAGCAAGCAGGGCGGUCGCUGGAUCCAGGAGGGAAUUGUGACUCUGGGAAAUGACUGUACUGGGCCUAAUUUCCCAGCAUUGUUCGCCAGAGUUUCCCAGUAUCAGUCCUGGAUCAACAGCCAGAUCACCAGCAACCAGCCAGGCUUCCUCACCUUCAUGUCCAAUGGGACUGACAGUGACCUCAGCUUCACCUGUCCUGUUCCGCCACCAACAACCACAGCCCCACCUGUGGUCUGUGGCCAAGCCCCACUGAAUUCACGUAUUUUGGGAGGAAGCUCUGUGGCGACAGCUGGUGUUUGGCCAUCGAUGGCGAGCCUACGAAACAAUGGAAGUCAUGUGUGCGGCGGGACUCUGGUGGCUUUAGACUUUGUGUUGAGCGACGCCAACUGCUUCUCAAGUUCACCCAUAGCGUCUGAAUGGACUGUCGUUUUGGGUCGUUUGAAUCAGAAUGGAUCCAACCCCUUUGAGGUGACACUGAAAGUGACAAAUAUCACUCUGAGCAACUUCACUGGGUCUAAUGUAGCAGUGCUGCGUCUGGCAACCAGACCCACCCUGUCCAACCACAUCCAGCCCAUCUGCCUGGACAACGGACAAACCUUCACUGUGGGCUCGACGUGCUGGGCUGCUGGCUGGAGCGCCGGGCAAGGAGGGGUUCUGCAGGAGGUCCAGACCUCGGUGGUAAACUGUGGAAACGCGUCAACAAGUGACAGCAUUUGUACGAGCUCUUUCACUCUAGCGCAGGGUGAUGCUGGCGGUCCAAUGAUGUGUAAGCUGGGCGGCUCUUGGUUCCAGGCAGCAGUGUUGUCAGUUCAAAACAACAGCACCAGUCAAACACGAGCAGAUCCAGUGAUGGUCUUCACCAAACUCAGCCGCUUUCAGACCUUCCUGGCUCAGAUAUUGGGGACGUUCUUAUCUCCAGCCUCCACCAGCAGCAGCACAGCUGCUACCACUACACCUACUACCAGCGGGGGCGCUCCUGCUCACUCACCCAUCUUCUUCUUCCAUCUCCUCAUCUUCUCUGUGUGUCUCCACGUCUUCUCAUAGAUGCAACAAGCACAGAUGAAUGUAAACAAGCUUGAAUUUAUCAGUGGAGGCAUAAAGCUGCAUUAAUUAAUCUAUGACUUGAUUCUGCCUCUGACGGCUAGAGAUCAAAGAAGAACUUCUUGAUGCCAACUGCUUUCCGUCUAAAAUGAAGGGUGUAAAAUGAAUAAAAAUUGAUUGUUUAAG